GCCGCGCUGGCGCCACGUGCGGCGGCGGCGCCUUCAUGCUGUUCAUGGGGCUGCUGGAGGUGUUCCUGCGCUCGCAGUGCGACCUCGAGGACCCGUGCGGCCGCGCUCAGGUACCACUGCCGGUGACGUCACGCCGUGCCGCCGCCGGCCGCGCUGGCGCCACGUGCGGCGGCGGCGCCUUCAUGCUGUUCAUGGGGCUGCUGGAGGUGUUCCUGCGCUCGCAGUGCGACCUCGAGGACCCGUGCGGCCGCGCUCAGGUACCACUGCCGGUGACGUCACGCCGUGCCGCCGCCGGCCGCGCUGGCGCCACGUGCGGCGGCGGCGCCUUCAUGCUGUUCAUGGGGCUGCUGGAGGUGUUCCUGCGCUCGCAGUGCGACCUCGAGGACCCGUGCGGCCGCGCUCAGUUUCGGACGCACAUGGACUCGGUGUACGACUUCAUCGUGGUGGGCGGCGGGUCGGCGGGCUCGGCGCUGGCGGCGCGGCUCUCCGAGGUGCCCGAGUGGCGCGUGCUGCUGCUCGAAGCUGGCUUCGACGAGCCCACGGGAGCUCAGGUGCCGUCCAUGUUCCUGAACUUCAUCGGCUCCAGCAUCGACUGGGGCUACCAGACCGAGCCCGAGCCCGCCGCCUGCCUCGGCGAGAAGGACCGCAAGUGCUACUGGCCCAGGGGGAAGGUGCUCGGCGGGACCUCGGUGAUGAACGGCAUGAUGUACAUGCGCGGUUCUCGCAAGGACUACGACGCGUGGGCGGCGGCCGGCGUGGAGGGCUGGGCCUACGACGACGUGCUGCCCUACUUCCUGCGCUCCGAGGACAACAAGCAGCUGGACCAGAUGGACCAGGGCUACCACGCGACGGGCGGCCCGUUAACUGUCUCGCAGUUCCCGUACCAUCCCCCGCUGAGCUACAGCUUGGUGAAGGCUGGAGAGGAGUUGGGUUACCCGACCCGUGACCUAAACGGCGAGCACCACGCCGGCUUCGCGAUCGCGCAGACCACCAACCGCAACGGAUCGCGCCUCAGCGUGGCGCGCGCGUACUUGCGGCCGGCGCGUCAUCGCCACAACCUGCACGUCAUGCUUAACGCGACCGUCGCACGAGUGCGCAUCAACCAAACCACGCGUCAAGCAUAUGCUGUGGAAGUCAGGAACAGUCAAGGCGGGACGGAGGUCAUCUUCGCCAAUAAUGAGAUCAUUCUCAGCGCCGGCGCAGUAGCCUCGCCCCAGCUGCUCCAGCUCAGCGGCGUCGGCGACCCUGACGUAUUAGCUCGCGCGGGAGUCCCCUUGACGCACGCGCUGCGCGGCGUCGGGCGCAAUUUGCACAACCACGUGGCGCACUUCCUCAACUUCCGCGUCAACGACAACAACACGGCGCCGCUCAACUGGGCCACCGCCAUGGAGUACCUGCUGUUUAGAGACGGACUCAUGUCUGGCACGGGCAUAUCAGAAGUAACCGGCUUCAUCAACACCAAGUACGCGGACCCAGCAGGCGACCACCCCGACGUGCAGCUGUUCUUCGGCGGCUUCCUGGCCGACUGCGCCAAGACCGGCAUGGUUGGGGAGCGCCUCGACAACGGCUCGCGGAUCAUACAGAUCAUACCUACCGUACUGCAUCCCAAGAGUAGGGGACGGCUUGAGAUCGCGUCGGCUGAUCCCUUCGAGUAUCCCAAGAUCUUUGCCAACUACCUCACCCACCCGGACGACGUCAAGACCCUGGUAGAAGGCAUCAAGUUCGCCAUCAAGCUAUCAGAGACGAAGGCGCUGAAGCGAUUCGGGGUGCAACUGGACCGGACGCCGGUGCCGGGCUGCGAGAAGAUCAAGUUCGGAUGCGACGCCUACUGGGAGUGCGCCGUCAGGAUGUCCACGGCUCCGGAGAACCACCAGGUCGGGUCCUGCCGCAUGGGGCCGCGUGGUGACCCUGAUGCAGUCGUCGACCCGUUGCUACAGAACAGCUUUGGUGCUUUGCGAGGCUACUGGGAGUGCGCCGUGAGGAUGUCCACGGCUCCUGAGAACCACCAGGCGGGAUCCUGCCGCAUGGGACCGCGUGGCGACCCUGACGCUGUUGUCGACCCAUUACUACAGUGCACCGUCCGGAUGUCCACGGCUCCGGAGAACCACCAGGCCGGGUCAUGCCGAAUGGGGCCGCGUGGCGACCCUGAUGCAUUCGUCGAGUUUUGUUGCUUAGUGAAGCCUACAGAGAGUUAUUGGGAGUGCACCAUCUGGAUGUCAACGGCGCCGGAGAACCACCAGGCAGGGUCCUGCCGCAUGGGGCCGCGUGGUGACCCUGAUGCUGUGGUCGACCCGCUGCUGCAGGCGCCCUACCCACUCGGCAACCAUGGCGGCAUCUCGAACGUGCUAACGGCCAGCGACUCGCAGCAGCAGCCCUCGUGGCGGCCCUGGGCCUGA